AAGCUGCUCUGCUUCGCUCGGUCUGAUUUGCUGAAGUGCUGAAAUCAACUUUAUCACUGAAGGAUAAAAUCUGAUUCAUACAGCAGGUAUGAAGACUCCUCUGAGUGAGGCCCGGCUGAUGGAGAACAGCCCGCUCUAUGUACCCGUCCUGGAGCUGAAAGACGGCAUGUUUGAAGGUACGAUUCAGAGGAAGAACAAGCUGCCGUACUCGCUCUGUGAGGUCUGUAACAUCCAGCUGAACUCUGAUGCUCAAGCUCAGAUCCACUACAACGGGAAAUCUCACCUCCGCAGAGUCAAACAGAUGAACAACGGAGAGGUUCCAGCCUCCAGCAUCCCAAAUCCUCUGUCUGUGACCUGCAGCAGCUCAGCAACUGGAAGUUCCUGCCACACUAACACACUCCCGGCGCUGGUACGUACCCCUCCUCUGAUGAUGCAGUCGACACUGGAUAUGAAGCCAUUUGUGUCCUUUCCAGUGGACGGAUCAUCACCUGUCGGUCUCUUCGCCAAUUUCAACAUGAUGGAUCCGGUCCAGAAAGCUGUAAUCAACCACACAUUUGGAGUCUCCAUUGCCCCGAAGAAGAAACAUGUGAUAACCUGCAACAUCUGCCAGCUGCGCUUUAACUCUGACAGCCAAGCCGAGGCGCACUACAAAGGGAGUAAACAUGCCAAGAAGCUCAAAGCACAAGACUCCACCAAAACUAAGCAGAAAUGCGGCGCUGGUCCGGACAACUGCGCCAAGCCAAUCAGCACAGGCCCCGCCCCCACUGCUAUGGUCACUGACACCAGCUCUGACCAAUCAGAAAAAAUCAUGGAACCACCCAUCCCUCCCAAAGCCACGGUUUCUCCAGAAUUCUCGGUGCCCGCCUCUCCGGCCUCGUCUGGCACCUGUAAGCCGACCCCCGCGCCAUGCAGCUCACCCACUGAAGUGAAGACCAGCCCUAAAUCAAGCCAGGCUGAACCCAGCACUGAUUCUGAGGAGGAGAAAGCCAAGAAGCUGCUGUACUGCUCAUUGUGCAAAGUGGCAGUCAAUUCACUCUCACAGCUGGAGGCUCACAACACAGGUUCAAAACACAAAACCAUGCUGGAGGCAAGAAACGGGGCCGGCCCUAUAAAAGCCUACCCCAGACCUGGGUCCAAACUCAAAGUGCAGGCCACCGUGCUGAAAGGCUCUGGUUUACAGAACAAGAUGUUCCACUGCGAGAUCUGUGACGUCCACGUCAACUCCGAAAUCCAGCUCAAACAGCACAUCUCCAGCAGAAGGCACAAAGACCGGGUAGCAGGCAAACCGCUGAAGCCCAAAUAUAGUCCUUACAACAAGCAGCAACGAGGCUCCAGCUCUCUGGCAGCAAAGCUGGCACUGCAGAAGGACCUGGUAAAGCCCAUCUCUCCAGCAUUUAUCUCUAAUCCGUUUUCCUCCACCAGCAUUUCUUCCAUCUCGCUGCACCCACGCCCAAACACCUCGGUCUUUCAGACACCUGCACUGCCCACUUCCUUUCUGCAGGGGACACCAGGGCCCAUUAGACCUUCAAGUGGCUCCAUCCUUUUCGCCCCGUACUGA